AUGCCUCGGGUGGUCCCGGAUCAAAGGAGCAAGUUUGAAAACGAAGAGUUCUUCAGGAAACUCAGUCGGGAGUGCGAGGCAAGUCUACUCAUUGGACACGUUUUAUUUGGUGGCGGAAACAAAGUACCUCAUAAAGUGGAAAUGCACGUUGCGCUGAAAGAGACAGCACUAUAGCCUUCUUAUUACUUUCUUACUGAAAGAUGGAUAUGGUUUCCAUUAUAGAUAUGAAGCACUGUUGAAUUUAUCUGAUACGUUAUUUCAUAUUGUACUGUCUAAAUAAGCCUACACUUUUCAAAAAAGAGGAAGGAGAGUUAUUAAAAUAUUUUUAGUUUUGAUUUGUUUUAAAUCCAUCAACUAAUCUGAGUCGCUCAUCACCUCACUGCGCGAAGCUCUGCCAUUGACGGUGACUUUGCCUCAUGGCUAAUGUACAUUUAUUUCCCAUAUUUCAUCAUUUCAAUAGGCUAAAUGGAGAUUAAUUUGAAAUAAUUGUAUCUGAUACCUCGGAAUUGUAAGACUUUAUAAAAAAUAAAGAUGACUCCAAUUUAGAUUAUCAUCUGAGCCAUAAAAUGAGCCAUGAUUAAUGCCUUCACAGUAAAGUAUAUUUAUGUUACUUAGGUUAUGUAUUUAUUUUUUCUGAGAUUACAUUUAUUGAUGCAUUUUUUCCUUCAUAUUUUCAGAUAAAAUACACAGGUUUCCGAGACAGACCGCACGAGGAGAGGCAAGCCAGGUUUCAGAACGCUUGUAGGGAUGGUCGCUCAGAAAUAGUGAGUAAAACAUUUCUGUUCAGCAUACAACUGAGAUAAUAAGACUAUAAUCAGACCUCAUUACACUAACCUUAAGUUUAUAUCAAUAUUUUGCAUAAAUAGACACCUGGAACGGAACUAGACAUUUUACCUCAGCCAAAACAUUACUUCAUCCUUUAUUCUCUGGCAAACAACACAAAAAACAUCCUCAUAACAUUAUUUCACAAAAAUGUCAUAACACUAUAAUAUGAUUAGUUCACUAUCCAGAACUGUCAUAAUCCUGUGUAUCAGGUGUCUGACAGACAUGGCUAUAAAGGUCUGCCUCUGUCUCAAUAGGCUUUUGAGGAGAGAAACCCGACAUUGGAAUUGACAAUGACUGAAGUCAGGGCAGAGCUGGUCUGGCGGGGCCGACAGUGGCUACAUAAAAUGGUCCCUCUGCUCACUCCUUUUUCGGUCAUCACGAUAUUUUCACGUAGGCUACACUCUUAAGUAAAGGACCCUGGCCCUGGAAGAACCUUUUGGGGUUCUAAAAAAUGCCACACAGGGGGAAGCUUUCCAGUUCAAAAAGGUUCCUUGAGGAACCCCUCUGAAAAGGAUCUGUGUAAAUGUUCAAACCGGAACCUUUUUGUGAUGGGAGGGCUUCAAUUUUGAACCUUUUAAUUGUAGAGGUGGCAGCCUAUCAAAAUAUUACCCAUUGCUGCAUUGAAACAUUAAAGGUUCUUCCAAGAAACCCCUCAACUAACCAAAGGUGCAAAUAUGAACCAUCUCCAGGUUUACUCGAGUCCCCAUUCAUUCUAAGAGUGUACUACUGUAUGUGCUGUAAUAAAGUCAAAUGUAUUAUUUAUUUUAUGGAGCCCUAAUACUUAUAUUCUUAGAGUAGCCUAACAUUUCACUCUUUUUGAGUCAGAUUUUUUAUAUAGUUUUGGUAAGCUAAUUCAAAUCAAGGAUUUUUCUUCAUGCCAUGAAACAAUAAAGUGACAUUGCAGUGUAUUCACUUCCAUUUUCAGACAAAAAGAUUCAAAAAGAUAUUCACAAUAAUAACAUUGUGACUAGGCCUACUUCUAAUUAGUUAUUUUUUUGUGAUGAAAGUAUUUUGAUGCUUUAUGGCGGUUGUUUGAUUUGUUACUGUCACUGUUUGCUCUGUAAGGGUCUGUCUUAACCCUACCAUUCACCCAAGUGUGUCUAUUUCAAAAUGCAAUUAUUCUGACUGAGAAAGCCAUUUGAAAUGAUCAUCAUCAUACCUAAAAUGUUAGAAAUUAAAUAAAUGCAAAUAGACUUUGUUGAUUAAAUAAGGCUGAAUAUGCGCUAUGCUCAUAUAGCCUUAGUAAUUACAUGGUAAUACAAUUUUUUGGUGUGUUAGUAUGUGUUUUGUGUAUUCUGCCCGUGUUGUUUUUUCCUUUAUUCUGUUUGAAGUAAUGCUGUGAAAACAACAGAAAACAUUGUGUCCAUGUUUGGAGCUCAGUUGUUUAAAAUCUUUACCUAUGAGCUGGUCAAUUACAUAAACCAAGCACAGGGAACAUAAUUCAAAAUAAAUCAUCUAGACCCUGCGUCAUUAGUAUCAGGCAGGGUCUGCUUUUAAAGUCUUACUGAUUUUCCUUCCCUGUCUUUCUUACUGUAUUCCUCCUAUCACUGACUCACGCCAUCUCCCUUUCAUUCAGGCUCUCUGUCUUUUCUAAAGUCAGUUCUUUAUUGCCCAGUAUUCCAAUAGUGAGUGGUGGUAAAAUAGAAUCAGAUGUGCGUAACUCUAUACUUCAAAUAGAGAAAAUGAUGACUCUUGUGUAUUUUCCCUUCUUUCUCUGAGUGUUGGGAGCACUGGCUCCAGACACUCGUCCCGCUGAUGUGAAAAAGAAAUGACGGGCUGCAUAAUUUAUGCUCGGGCCCAGUCUUCUGAUCCUGUUUGUAUUGAUUUCCCUCUAAAAGGCUUUUGUGGCGACGGGCACCAACCUCUCGCUGCAGUUCUUCCCAGCCAACUUGCACGGGGAGCAGAGGCAGACGCCCACACGAGAGUAUGUGGACUUUGAACGGGAGACGGGAAAG